AUGUCACGAUUUGGUAUUGACCUCUUUGCAAGGGAGAAUCCACCACCACGAAUGGGAUACCACACCGACGCAGAGAACUACCGCAUCCAUGGCAUUGGUCCUCAACCGGCAAAUCUUACUCCCCAGAUGGUGCAUUGCAGCACUACGUUCCUACUGUACUGCCCCAAACAGGACAAACCGGGGUGGAACACUGUUAAACCAGAGAAUGUUUUUCCAAUAGUCUUUGAGAUAGGAUCAUUAAGCCUCAAGGAUUUUCAAAGCCUUGUUGCCACCGAGGCCAACAAGCUUGUGGAUGAUGCUGGUGGACUUAUCAACAACGCAGUCGAAACUGGAUCUCCCCGCAUCAACUGGAAGGUUUCCUUGGCUCUCAAGUCGGCACCGGAGUUCAAAAAGGCCCUUCAAUAUACUGUAAACGAAGAAAAGUCAUAUGAUCAUUGGAUCAAGACUAUGAAAGAUCUCAACGCUGAUCACACUCAUGCCGGUCUUUACGUCCACAUGGUCAAUCCAACAUCGAUAGCAAAAAAAGCGAAGGUGGCGGUUGAUAUGAAAGCCCAUGUUUUGACUCAGCAUGCGGCCCAGAAAGCUGGGAGCUCAUCAGCAACUGGAAAUCAAAAUGGACCGCCAAAAGCCACUGAUUUCAAAGCAGUCAAUGUAAUAAUGGAUCAGAUUUACGCAUUACACCCACCCAACACCAAGUACUUGGAUAGGAUCCCGGUGUUUAUCCAUCCGACAGAGCACAGCCAGUACAUCCCCUUGACUGCGAAGAAUGUCCAAAUUUGGGCACAUGCUAUUAUGCAACCUGUUGAUGGGGUUACUCUUCAUUCACCCCCACCAGAACUCAAGUUUGAAAAACUCUCUGCCUACAAGAAGAGAAAGCUAUCUCACAGCACCAUCAAUAAUGCCAGUCCUCCAACUUACCAAAGUUCAUCACGCACUCAGGAAUCGGAAUCGGACAACUCCUCCGUAGUGGAACCAGACGAAAACCUCAUGGCAGAGUAUGUUGACUUUGUCAAAAUCAAACCGACUAAGAAAGAGGAGGUCCUGAGAAUCCUCAACAAGAAGGAUGUCACCAAUCCAAAGUUCUUUCAAUCGAACAGCAUCACUCGAGAGGAUAUGAGCCACUGGGGCUUAACCCCUGGCAUCAUCACACAGUUAAGAGACAACACUAAGAAGUUCGAGAAGCGCCCGGCUCCUCAAUAG